AUGGACCCCAACGGCGUGGCGAAGGCGUUCGUGAACCACUACUACACGACGUUCGAUACCAAUCGAGCGGCGCUGGUGGGGCUGUACCAGGAGGGCUCCAUGCUCACCUUCGAGGGCGACAAGUACAUGGGAGCCACUGCCAUAACCGGCAAGCUCACCUCCCUCCCGUUCGCUGCGUGCAAGCACCAGGUCACCACCGUUGACUGUCAGCCGGCCGGCCCUACCGGUGGCAUGCUCGUCUUCGUCUCCGGCGCCCUGCAGGUCGGCGAGGGAGAGCACCCCCUCAAGUUCUCCCAGAUGUUCCAUUUGAUGCCAGUAGGACCUGGGAAUUUUUACGUGCAGAACGACAUGUUCCGCCUGAACUAUGGCUAA